CUCUCCAAGAGCAAAACAGAGAGGAAAUUUCACCUCAACGCCUUUUGUUGGUGACAAUUGGUUUUGCUUUUGUCACCAAAACCUUCCUCCUUCUCAUCAUCAUCCAGAUUUGAUAAUAACAAAUCCAGAAAGGAGGAUGAACCUUUUUUGAACCCUUUUUUUAAGUCAAUUUUUUUUUUUUAAAGUAACACAAGUUCAUGAUAUUUCUGUUACUGGACCACACUAUCAUCAUAACCCAGAACAGAGAAGUAGGAAAGAAAACCCAUAUUGAAAUCAUUCCCAAAAAUUUGUAAAAAUGAACGAUCUAAUCUCAGGGUCCUUCAAGAAGUACACAGACUUGAAACAGCAGGUGUACCUGGACGAUGUGGAGGCAGGGAAGGAGAGUAUAAACCUGGACAAGUUCUUCGAGGAUGUGGAGAAUGUGAAGGAGGACAUGAGAUUUGUGGAGAAGCUGUACAGGAAAUUGCAGGAUGCUAAUGAGGAGAGCAAGGUUGUGCACAAUUCUAAGACCAUGAAGGAGCUUCGAUCCAGAAUGGACAAGGACGUUGAGCAGGUCCUCAAACGGGUCAAGAUCAUCAAGGGCAAGCUGGAGGCUCUAGAGAGGUCUAAUGCUGCCCAGAGGAACGUUCCAGGCUGUGGCCCAGGCUCAUCGGCUGAUCGGACCCGAACCUCCGUUGUCAGUGGGUUGGGGAAGAAGCUCAAGGACUUGAUGGAUGACUUUCAGGGGCUCAGAGCCAGGAUGCAAGCUGAAUACAAGGAAACAAUUGAACGCAGGUAUUUCACAAUCACAGGAGAGAAAGCAGAUGAAGAUACCAUAGAAAACUUGAUAGCAAGUGGGGAGAGUGAGAGCUUCUUGCAAAGGGCCAUUCAAGAACAGGGGAGGGGUCAGAUAAUGGACACCAUAUCAGAGAUUCAAGAGAGGCAUGAUGCUGUGAAGGAGAUAGAGAAGAACUUGAUUGAGCUGCACCAAGUGUUCUUGGACAUGGCGGCUCUGGUGGAGGCUCAGGGCCAGCAGCUCAACAACAUAGAGAGCCAUGUGGCGCAUGCCAGUUCGUUCGUUAGGCGAGGCACCGAGCAGCUUCAGGAGGCCAGAGAGCACCAGAAGGAGUCGAGGAAGUGGACCUGCAUUGCCAUACUUCUUGGACUUGUCCUCAUCAUUGUGCUCUUGUUUCCCAUCUUGAUUCAAAUUGUACCUCAUUUAUUGAGGUAGGAUGGAGAUGGUGUGGGUAGAUGGAUCAUUUGAAGAAUUUUGAGAGUAUUUUUCAUCCCCAAAAUGCUUCUCAGAUUUUGUAUCCUGAAACACAGGGAGAUUCCUAGACAGACUCGGAGAUGUUGGUUUGAUCCGCCGGUCGUCUUUUGGGAGUGUCUUGAGAAUGUUUUUACUGUGAAAUUAGCAUUAUUUUUGUGCCUAGGGGCUAGGACAAGUGGGCAUGCCUGGAGCAGUGAAAAGUGGAGUUCGGUGAUUUCAUGUUAAAGAGAAAUCAUUCAAUUCAGAUGGCCUUCCUCAGCCCAGAAAACCAUAGAAGAGAGCUAGUCUGCAAUUUAGAUUCCCAUUCAAUUGCAAUAGCAAGGGAACCGCAAGGAACAAGAAAUUGGCAAUCUUGUAACAAUAGCUUCACAUGUUCUUGAGAUAUAACCACAUUUGAACCAGCUUUCUUUCUUUUCAUUUCCUCUGUUUUCAUCUGCUGUUCUUACCCUUUUCACCUAUACAGUGAUUAUGUUAUAAAUAUUUGAUAUUCAACAA